AUGGCAUCACAGAAACGACCCUCCAAUUUGUUUACGGGAACUCUCCCAUACUACGUCAAGGGCGCAGCUCGUGGAGUAACUUGCAUUCAAUGUACCAAAUCCGCUCUUCGUGGCCCUCUAGCACCAGCAUGUCACGACACAGCGGGUCGGUCAGCCCGUUGCCACAGAUGCUGCACUAACCAUCUCUCAUGUUUUCCUCAUUCCGACGAGGCUAUUCCUCUUGUUCGCAAGCUCAGAUCUGAGCUGCAUAGAAAAGGAGAAGCAGACUCUGUACGUUGACAACAACAAUGAAAAUAUCAGUCGGGCUUUACUGAUUAGUAGCACAGGAUGUUAUCAAAUUCAGAGAAGUGCUGACAACCCUCUUGAAGGCUGAUGCUGAAUUGAAAGCUGCUGCAGUUACGGAAACUGAGACGCAGCUAGCAAAAGCUCGUACGGCUGCUCGUAUUGCUGGAGAAUCACUCGUUAAAGCUACGUUAACAAAGCCACCUACCACAACUUUGGGCCCAAAAAAGAAUUCCAACGCUUCAUCUCCAAUAAAAUCGAGCAAACUAUCCGAGGUUUCUCGCGAACGUCGCGCACCAACACCCCAAGGUCCUCGGAACAAAAACCAAGCGAGGGUGCCUCAGAGUCAGCAGCGACCAACAGUCAUUGGCGAGGGACAGUGCAAUCGAGAAGGGGGUCCAAGCCGUUCAGCGCCCGAUGUGACAAAUCCACGAGAUAAAGAAAACACAUGUCCCAGUCAAUGCCCAAAUUACAAAUCACACGUUGGCAGCAAUAAACAAGAUAGUCGGUUGGGAAACCGAAGCGAGUCGAGACACAGAAAUGAUCGUCCACCAGAGCGCGAUGAGAGAGAACAUCGAGCUCGUUCCCCUUGUCAAGAAUAUCGUCUUGGAAAUAGAUACUGAAGUCUAUAUUGCGAUUCUUGCUAUAGUAGACGCUAUCGAAGCAGAUCGCGACGUCGCAAUAGUCGCGAGGAGCAUAGUAGAUCUCCCUACAAAAAAAGCCAUCAAAAAGGCCGCAACAGAUCACCAGAAGAAAAUAGAGGCAAAAUUAGCUCCCGACGUCGAGACCAUAACAGACCAUCACAAGGUAGAAGAGGCAGAAGUCAAUCACCACGUCGAGAUUCCAGAUACGAGCGAAAGAAAAACACUCAUAGUCGAGAACGAACUUACCAAAAAGAGACAGGAAACUUUGAUGAUUCAGACGCUAUCGAUGCUGCCGUCAUCAAGCGUAAUAAUCGCGUCAGAAAGUUAA